UGAUUCUUUCGACUCGGAUCUGACUUUCAUUGAUGGAUAAUCUCGGUUUCACUCCGAUUAAUGUUAGAUGAGUUCGUAUCGUUACGUCUUUUCGAUUAGAUUGAGUGAGUUUUAGUAGUGUGUGAACAUACUUACUACCUAUCCCCCUAAUAAUUAUUUUGAAGUUACUGUGUUUUCAUUAUUUGGAAUUUUAUACAUCACGCAUUUUGGAAGUCACAGAAAGGUCGAGACAUGACACGGUGGGUGUGGACUGGGACGAUUCUCCUCCUCAUCAUUAAUGUUGUGACGUCACAGAAAGGUGGCCCAACCCCCGUACUUGUACUGGAGGUGAUGCCCUACCCGGCCCGAAUCUACCAAAAUGCGCCUCCUAACACACCAGUGCUUACAGUCAGGGGCUAUGACAACGGGACCGGUGGUCCCCUUGAUGAAUUAGCACUAACGCAGCCUGAGGAGUCCUCUUAUUUCAAGCUUCAUCGGUCCACACCUUUGAGUUGGGUAUUGGUUACCCGACGUUACAUAGACCAGCCAUUGAACCAUACAUUCCACUUCCGGGUUUACGGUACUGUUGAAGGCGUCAUAAGAGACAAAGACGUCAUCAUUGACGUUGUAGAGGAAAACAUGUUUGCGCCGACGUUCCAACAGUCCCAGUAUGACUUCCUGUCUUAUCGGAAGUCUUUUGAGAAGGGAAUAGAUCUGCUCGGUACAGUGUAUGCCGUUGAUAAUGACACCCAGACUUACAAUUCUUAUUUCCAGUACCGUAUCCUGGACAGAGAUGUGCGUCCAUACUUCAACAUAACGCCGAAUACAGGACAGAUUAUGAUAGUGGGAUCGUUUCCCAGCAGUAUCAGUCAGUAUACCUUCACUGUGACAGCCAUCGACUCCGGCUCACCACAGAAACAGACAACUACACGCGUCCGAGUCAACAUGACGGACGUACCCCCACCGGAACUGUUCUGUGUUUCUGUGGAGGGACUUCAGGCUAGAAUUUGCUGGAAAGACCCCACCAAUGGCGCCUAUGUGGAACGGUAUCAAUUACAGAUCGCCAUGAACGACAAGAAUGUCACUAGUCACCCAGUAGUUAUCCGGGGUAAGAAAAACGAGGUGUGUACUCAGGUGAGAGCCACCCGUCCUGACCGCUCAUAUCGGUUCACCGUCAAAGUGUUCAACAACACCCACUGGAGUCCUGACAGCGUACAGAGACUUGUCAACAUCACCCGGAACGGUCUGUAUGGGGACUGUCAUCUGUUCAGUGACUGUAGCGUGCUCCAACCUUGUGAAAAUGGUGGUACCUGCCGGACUCUCCCAGACAUGACCUACCAGUGCGACUGCAGAGACGGUUAUAAUGGUCGGAAUUGCACAGAGACAGAUCUGUGUGCCCAAUCGCCAUGUCAGAACAAUGGCUCGUGCUCUUUUCUCGCACACGAAAAAUUUAAUUGCACGUGUCCAGAUCACUUUUAUGGUGACGAAUGCCAAUAUGUAGACAAAUGUGUCUCGAAUCCGUGCCUAAAUAAUGGAAUAUGCUAUUCGUAUUCAAACGGAACAUCUGAAUGCGCAUGUCCAAAAAGUUUUAUUGGGUUGAGAUGCGAAAUAACGAAUUCUUGUCAUUCUUCGCCAUGUCAAAAUGGAGGUAGCUGCUCAAAUCUUGGCAAUGGUACGCACGAUUGUUCAUGUGUAGAUGGUUACUAUGGCUCCGCGUGUGAGAAAACUGAUGUCUGUAAAAUAAUGAAUCCAUGUUAUCACGGGGGAAUAUGUAACGCUAUCGAGGACCAACAAUUUACCUGCACAUGCAUUGGAGGGUUUACUGGUAAAACAUGUGAAACCGUGGAUAUGUGUCAUUAUAUCCAAUGUAAAAACAACGCGACAUGUCAGUCUGUCAAUGGGGCACAGGCCCAAUGCUUAUGUAGUCCUGGGUAUUGGGGGCGGGAGUGUCAAAUGGUUGACGCCUGUUUUGAAGAUCCCUGUCUUCACAAUGGAUUAUGUAGUAAUAGCACGGACGGUACCUUCAAAUGCACGUGCGUUGGUGGUCAUUAUGGAAACCUUUGCGAACAUACCAAUCCUUGCUAUUCAAAUCCAUGUAGCGUCGGUGGCACAUGUACAAACAAGUCAGAAACUGAAUUUGCAUGUCAUUGUGCUCCCGAAAGAUACGGGUUAACAUGUGAGCAUAUCGAUGGAUGUAAAGCAAAAUUAUGUGAACAAGAUUCUACGUGUAUUAACAAAAGCAGUGAUGGGGAGGUGGAAUGCGAUUGUAAGAAAGGCACAUACGGGCAAUACUGUCAAGAGGUCGAUCCCUGCAGAAGCUCCCCCUGCCAAAAUGGCGGCCGAUGUAUCAACAAUACCGUGGAGGAUUACCACUGUGUGUGUCAACCUGGCUGGGUGGGACACAGGUGUGAAGUGGCAGACAGAUGUUCCUCCAUCCAGUGUCAGAACAAGGGUGUCUGCCGGUAUAACAUCGAUGACGGGUCAUUCUUCUGUGAUUGCGCCGAACAUUUUUCUGGAGAUCGGUGUCAAAAAUACAAUUUCUGCAAUCCUAGUAGUAACAUGUGUCUCAAUAAUGCUUCUUGUCAAAAUGUGGAUCACCAACUCCAUCAAAUAGUCAUCAACAGAACUGUCGCUAACGUCACCAACUGGUACAGCUGUUAUUGCUCAAACGGAUACACGGGCCAGAAGUGUAACGUGACGAUUGAUCCGUGCAGCUUUUCAAGAUGUGACAAUGUGUGUGAGGGUAACACUCUGUAUAGAGACAAGACAGGGAGGUACAUCUGGCCGGAGACUGGCCGAGGACGUAAUGUCACUCUCGAAUGUCCGUACGGAGCCCACCCUCACCACGUGCGACCGUUCGCGUUCAGGCCGUGUCACAGAAGUCCGUCUGGUCAUGCGUACUGGGGGCGUCCAGACACGACGGCUUGUAGAGAGCUGACUGCUGCCGAGGCGGAAAAGAGGCUGCUAGAUCUAAUGGCCUUCACUCAUGACCCUAACCAUCUCACCCCUGAAGUCGUAAUCAACGCCACAGACAUCCUGGAAAAUCUGCUUGUUUUCGCCUUCGAUGAUGACGAGAUAGCAGAGGAGGUGACGAGAGUAGUGAGUAACCUUCUGACCGCCACAGAAUCAGUGUUGAUCGAGAGUAAUCACAGAAAUCACUCCAGUGAAAGAUUGAUACGGUUACUAGAGGAUUUCACCAAGGAAGUGAAGACUGAGACAAAUGUAUCUAUAACAACCGAUAACAUCAACGUCAUGGUGGUGAACUUCUCUCUCCCUAAAACUGCUAGUAACAAUACGGCAGCGUUCCAAUACCAACCCAUUAUGGAGAGGAGCCAGAACCAAACUGGCCUGGAGGGCGUGAAAAUGACUCUGCCAAAAGAAGUAUUUGAUGUUGCCGGUAACAAAAACGUCAGACUAGAAUUUGUAUCGUACCGAACAUCCGCUUUCUUCAUCCCUGAGGACUCUCCACCAGAACAUAUAAUUCUCAAACAAAGAGUCAUAUCAGCUACCGUCCAUAACACCGACAUUCAAGGCCUCAACUUCCCCAUUGAAUAUUCGGUACCAAAUAUAGAAAUCGGGAGCAACCACACUUGCGUAUACUGGAACACUGAGAAUCGGACGUGGUCAAUGAUUGGUAUGGAGACUAUUUCGACAGGAGGUCACAAGACAGAUUGUCGAGCCUACCAUCUCACUAGCUUUGCUGUUUUACUGGACCCUACGCCAAACAAUGUUUUGCCAGACGUCCACGAUAAAGCGCUCACGUCCAUAUCAUAUAUAGGAUGCGCUAUUUCUAUAUUUGGUCUGACUUUCACUAUCGUCACCUUCUCCAUUUUCAGGUCUUUGAAUCGUGAACGCUCGGGGAAGAUCCUGUUGAACAUGACCGUGUCCAUGUUAUUGUUGAAUGUGUCCUUCCUUUUGAUGGCGGAAACCUCCCAGUCAGACGGAGAGGGCUUGUGUAUUGCUGUUGGAAUCCUUCUCCAUUAUUUCUUGCUCACAACACUAACAUGGAUGUGUACAGAGGCCAUCAAUAUGUAUCAGGCACUCAUCAAAGUUUUCACAAAGUACUCUUCUUACUUCAUUCUAAAGCGCUGUAUCGUCGCCUGGGGACUCCCAGCAGUAGUGGUGGCCGUCACGAUGGGAAUAAACAACCUGGACAAUUACCGAUCCAAAGGACAGUUUUGCUUCAUAUCACAGUCAAACACGCUGGCAUUUUACAUCACAUUGCUUGGUCCUGCCUGCUGUAUUCUCGUCAUCAACACCAUAAUAUUCACUUUAGUUGCACGUGUCAUCAUGAAACCAAAGUUCAAAGGUCACAGUCCCGCUGGAGAGAAGAAUGAAAAGGUUACCCCGGCCCAGGUGCGCGGUUCGUUCACCGUGAUGGUGCUUCUUGGUAUCACGUGGGUGUUCGGCCCAGUCGCCAUUAAGGAGUCCAAAAUUGUUUUCUAUUACCUGUUUACCAUCCUCAACUCCCUGCAGGGAUUUCUGAUAUUUGUGUUCCGAUGUCUAUUCAAUACUGAAGUUAGAUCAGCUUGGGUACUUCUGAUAAAAACUGGAAAAUUCAAACGUAGGAGGGGUCCAAUCAAAUCUAUGGUCGAAUCCAACACUUCAAAGGGAUACCAUGACAACCGGAUGAACGGAAGUUACGUUGACAGUAACAACACAGACAAAUCGAACAUCACCAAUAGUAAUGUCAUCAACAAAAAUAAUUUAAAAAACGAACGAUACAAAAACAAUGGUAACGUUCAAAAGUACAAAAAUGGAAAUAUGCCUCAUGACAACAGGCGACCAAGCUAUGACAGAAGAGGGAGCAACGACCGUCGUCAUAGCGACGAAAGAAGGAUCAGUAACGAACGUCGUCAUAGCGACGAAAGAAGGAUCAGUAACGAACGUCGUCAUAGCGACGACAGGAAAAUAUCGACCCCUUCUAUAUUUACACAGUUUUAAACAAAACAAGAUCCAGACAUACUGUGGAAACUUCUCAAACAAGAUCCCGACACACUGUGGAAACUUCUCAAACAAGAUCCCGACAUACUGUGGAACCUUCUCAAACAAGAGAUCCCGACAUACUGUGGGAGCUUCUCAAACAAGAUCCCGACAUACUGUGGAAACUUCUCAAACAAGAUCACAAAAUCCCAAACAGAACGGGUCCAGUAAGUGACAAGUUGUGUAAUCGAUUCGACAGGGACGUUUAUCAUGUACAUGCGUGUCUAAUGCAUUUAUUGUUUGUUUUCUCAUUGUUUUAUUCAGAAAUAAUGUGUGUAAAUUUGGUAUUCUCUGUCUGUUAUGAACUACAGUUAUCGAAGAUAAGUGUUGAACAUGCUUGUUUACAAUGUGGACAGGCCUAAUACCUGUAUACAUGCCCGAUUUCCAAUGGACUUUUUGUGCCAAAAUGUGUAUCUUCCAUAUGUUAAGAUAUUAUUACUUUUCGCAUUUAACUUAUUUUUGUGCAUGUUUGUAUAUGCCACCAUGUGUUAGAAAAGAAGAUACUGUUUCUUUCUUUCGAAAUCUAAGUAAGGAACGGGGUGUCAGUUUACAACCGGAACUAUAUAUCAAUUAUAUAUCAAUAACCCAAUUGUAUCACUUGCAAAAUCCUAAUCAAAGGUAAAGGUGACUUGAAUCGGUAAAAUUCUCUAAAACUACGAGUAGAAACAUAAGUUCUGCUCGUUACUGCAAUGUUGUUUAUUGUUUUUUGUUUUAAAUUUACUGAAAAAAUAAUAUUGAACCAGUUUGUAGUCAGCAAUGUAUGCUGCCACGGGAUCACAAUAUGUUUUGUUUUUAUUUACUGUGAAUUUUAAUGACAAUAUUUCAUUGUUACUGCGCAAGCAAGCGGAUAACAGUCAUACAUGUAUUUUAUGAACCUAGAUAUUGUGAGUGCAUUCAACAAUACAUUCGCUUCAAUCAGACUAUUGAUUUUGAAUUUUAUCAUACUUUAUGCAAUAAUCAUAAAUCACCUUUAGUGAUAACUGUCGCGGGAACUCCUCUAACUAUAUAUCCGGGUAACUCUCUGUGUCUCAAACGUUACAUACUUGGGUGAAACAAUUCCAAUUAUAAUGCAUUGUUUGCGUAUUUGAGUCUUCUUAAAUUCUAAAAUGUAGAUUGUACCGCAUAAAACACUGUAUCAUUAUAUAUAUAUAUUGUCUUGUUGUGUCAUUUAUGUUUACAUAUAUAUAUAUAUAUGUGUGUGUGUGUGUGUGUGUGUGUGUAUUCGAUUUUACAAAGCACAAACGAAUGCGUUUAUUGUUUAACUAAAACUGCCGUUUUAUGUAUGAUAUUAACGAGAAGAGAUAGAUACAAAGUUUACAAUGUCAUAUCUCUAACGUACAACUGUGUUCGAUCAUUGUCCCAUUUUAAGGUGUCUAAUCUGAGCCUGCGUCAGUGUGACGCACCAUCUGUCAUCAUAUCAAUGUGGACUUAAUUUGGUCCUACCUACUCUCCUGAAGUAUCAGUGUAGUGUACAAUCGCGUGAAAACUGUAAUGAACAAGAAAAUGUAACAGGUAUUAAGAAUGACAGUCUAUAUUGCCGAUGAAGUAUAUUAAACAUAGUGGUUGCUCCAUAUUCAGAAAAGAAAAGAAAACGCCAAAUGUGUUAGACAGAUGAAAUCCGAAACUGAUUGAAACCGGUGUUUUAUGUAGAAAUAUAGAGAAUCAAGUUAGGGUUUUCUUGGGCAGAAAUGUUUUUUUUAAGUAACGUAAACUACUACCAUCUGGAUAUUUUUAAUCACUGCCAAAUGAUUUUUAAGGUUACUAUUAAGUUAUCAGUCUGUAUUUAUAUUUAAACUUCUACGAUAGUGUCAGUACUUUGUAAACAUGUAGGGUGUUUAAGACAUAACGAAGUGUCCCAUUUCUGUCCUGUAUACCCUUCAUAAAAUAGCUAUGUUCUUAUAUGCUUAAGAUACUGUAAACGUCCUUUAUUUGGCGAUCUCAAAUUUUAGCGCGAAUUUUAAUAGAUUAUAGCGCAUGGAGGAAUGAGCCCGCAAAAAAAUAUUCUAUAUAGGAACAGUAAAAAAACACGAAAAGCACGAAAAUCGCUAAAAUACGAUUACCGCUUAAAUACGUACAUUAACAGUAUAUUUACUUUGUGACACCGAACUUACAUUGUCUAACAUUUUAAAUAAAUACAUACCUGGCAUGCCUGGUCGACCAUUUGCAUAUUAUAUAUAAAAUGCAUUAACAAGAACUUCUAUAAAAGUCCACAUGAGUCUAACCAACAGUAAUCGUUGACGUUUACAUGAACUGCAAAACAUGGAAUAUUCGCGUGUACUUAUUUUCGUGGCAUUGAGUUUUCAAAUAUUUUCGUGGGUACAAAUUUUCAAUAAAUUUUCAAUAACAUACACAACAAUAUUCGUUGUAUUUAUAUUUAAACAGCGAAAGUUUACAAACAACGAGCCUCUCGUGUUAUACAGUAUUUAUGUUUUCGAGGGCAAAUAUCAGAAAUUUAAUUUAAAUUUAAUUUAAAUCUACCUCUGUUCAAAUGUAAAAUAUAGACCAGAACGUAAAGUGUAUUCGAACGAUAAUAUUCCCGGGACAAAAAAAACGUCUAAAUCCUAAUCAAUAUUUCUCACUUAUAGGUUCAGAAAUUAACUAUGAUUACGUGAGAAAUCAGGACAUUGGAUUAUUGAACAUCAUUUUAGGACUUCUUACGAAUGGCAGUUAUUGUUUGAUAUGUAAAGCAUCAUACAAUGUCUUAAAUGUUAUAUGUGCAAUGUUUAAAUACUUUCAGGCAAUGGUAUAGGUCCAUUUGUGUGUCAUUAUCGCCUAUAAUUUAUGAGAAAAUGUUUGAAGAUAAACAUGCGUUGAUAUAUAUUCUAAUUACCUAAUACAUUUGUUUGUUGAUUGUUCGUUGAAUAUGUUCCAACGAUGACGUGUUACGAUUUAAAAGGCGACAAUAAUUGUUGAUGAUUAGCUAUAAUUAACUCAUUUACAUAUGUGUAAUUAAUCAUUACUUUUUAUGACUUUGUGUAUAUUGAAGAUAACUGUGUAUUGUUCGUGAACUAUUGAUAAUGCAUUUUUAAUUGUUACUUGUACCAUAUAUUUUCUCUAAUGUUUUAACAUUAGCGGAGCAUAUAUAAAGUCUUAAUUUCGGUGAUGUAUUAGUGAACGUUACUAUCUAAAGGUCACGCUGGCUUUACAUUGGUAUUUACCAGUUGUUCACUCCCUCCUAACGCCAAAAGAAUAUGUACACCGACUGUAUACACCGACUACAGUCGGUGAUCGCAAUAGGCGUAGUCAUGUAGGCGGAAAACCAGUAACUGUGACUGAACUGAUUCAUUCUGUUCUUACAUUUGUUAUAUAAUUGUUAACUUAUAUAUAGGUGUAUCGAGUACUAAAAGUAAUGUUACCUGGUUGAUAUAUGCGAACGUUGCCUCAUGUAUAUUGCCUUGCAAAAAAAAAAUAAAAAUGAAAUACUGAUUUCUUGAAUUGAUAAAUAUAUCAGUAGAUACCCCGCCUCCUUGAAGCUCUGGGGUGUUUUGAGAAGGAUUUGUUUUAAAAAGGAUAAAAAGACUCCUUUAAAAACAAAAUUCCAUAAUUAAACUAAACUAAAAAGAAAGAUUUCUCUGAAAUAUGUACUUUAUGAUCCUAUCAUCAUAUGGACAUUUCUAAAGACGCUUUUAAGUGAUUACUGCAAAGCAAAACGAUAGCAUGUUAUUAAAAUUUGCAAUGUUUACUUCGUUUUGCGGCAUUAGAAAAUAUUCUGCCUGAAAAGUUUCAAGCUAUUUUAGAAGGAAGAAUAGAUACAUCAUGUCCUGAUAUUGGUGACACGUUUCCAUAUAUAGAUUGUUGUGUUUUAACUUGUAAAUGUUCAUGUACAUUUGUGUAUCAUUUCCUUAUUACUGUCUUAUCAAAAUCAUUGGAGAAGUCUUCAUUCAAUAAAAUAGAAAAUCUGA